CAAGACAGAGCAGAGGUCUGCAAGGGUGAGGGACUUUGACCCCCUCAGAGAAAAAGCUAGAGUGACUCACAGACGGAAGAGAAAACCAAAGCUCCCAGGCUGUCCCCUGUGAGCGCCGACAGUCCAAAGUCAUCAGAAGGAGGACGAAAACCAGAGCCUGGUCAGGAGCUGCCAGAGACCCAUGCAAAUGAGGCCCGCCCCCCACUGCCUGGAAACCAGGCCGAGAGAAGUUAGAGCACAGAGCACACGCUGCAGGGUGCAGGGUCCGCACUGGGGACAGGAGGAGGAGGUGGAGGGGACUCUGAGGAAGCAGGACAUUCCUACUAGGCCUUGCGGUGUCCGAUCUGAGGAUGGCCGAGCAGCAGGGCCGGGAGCCUGAGUGCCCUGUCUGCUGGAACCCCUUCAACAACACGUUCCACACUCCCAAAGUGCUGGACUGUUGUCACUCCUUCUGCGUGGAAUGCCUGGCCCACCUCAGCCUGGUGACUCCAGCCCGGCGCCGGUUGCUCUGCCCCCUCUGUCGCCAGCCCACGGUGCUGGCCUCUGGGCAGCCUGUCACGGACUUGCCCACGGAUACUGCCGUGCUCACCCUGCUUCGCCUGGAGCCCCACCAUGUCAUCCUGGAAGGCCACCAGCUCUGUCUCAAGGACCAGCCUAAGAGCCGCUACUUCCUGCGCCAGCCCCGGGUUUACACGCUGGACCUAGGCCCUGAGCCCGGGGGCCAAACUGGGCCCCCCCAGGACACAGGCCCUUCCCCCAGGUCUCUGCCCAUUCCCGUCCCCAGCCACUACUCUCUGAGGGAGUGUUUCCGCAACCCUCAGUUCCGGAUCUUUGCUUACCUGAUGGCUGUCAUCCUCAGCGUCACCCUGUUGCUCAUCUUCUCCGUCUUUUGGACUAAGCAGUUCCUUUGGGGUGUGGGAUGAGCGUUGCUUCUGGACAAGGAACCAAGUCUUUCCUGACUACUGCUGGGGAUGGGGACCGCAGAGCCUCAUUUGGGGUUGUCUUCCUUUGUAGUAUUGUUCCUUUUUGCAAUCCGGAGAUCAGUAAGGCCAGGUGUUUGCUUCUGGGAACAGUCCUAUAAUGGGAAUAUUUGAAACCGAAAAGGCUGGGAAAAGGUGUGAAGAGACCCCUGGGUGUGAGCCAUGGGCCAAGAAGGGCAGAGAAGCAGACCUGGGACAAAGAGCUACGUGGCAAGUUGUGCUCAAGGGCUGGACGAUGGUAUCCGGGAGCUCGACCAGCCCAGAAAGUGCAUUUCUCACUGGAGUUGCUCCCAACUCGGUUCACAUUUGUUUGAGUUAUAUCUUGCUACAAUUUUGGAAAGUGAGCCUCAAUUCUGUGAGCAAAGGCGUGUGCCUUCUUUCAGUUUUCUCUUUAGAAGUCCUGCCACCUGCAGUCACGAACUCAUGCACUGACUCAUUCAAUAACCACUUGGUCGAUGUGGUGUCAGAACUAGGGGAAGGGAAGGAUAGGAUAUCCAUGGGUCACAGAGAGCCUCUACCAGCAAGGACGGCAUGUUUCCUCAGCUGCUUGUACAGGACAACCUCUUGUCGGUGUGUGGCUUCUGGAGUGUUGAGAGUAAAGGUGAUCAAAAGAAAUCUGCGAUUUGGAGAAAAGGUUUUUAUUCCUCUGGGUAGGUGCAGAGGCCCUAAUUAAGCCUGGAUGCUGGACAGAGCUGACUCCCCUGCUCCAGGCAGUUGACCUCAAGUGGUAGGGCAGAAGCCCUGGAUAGAGGGCUCCAUCCCAGGCCAUGCAGAUAGAGAUGCUAGUUUUCAUUUCAUGGGACUUAAUCCCAGUACCAAGGCAAACUAGAUGCGUAGGUGAUUUAACUCUAAAUUGCCACCUAGGCAGUAUCUAAAACUCUUUCUUCUUCCCCAGUUUUAAUAUUGUCCAGUGGCCCACAGUUCUGGAACAAUCUCAAAGUGGUUAAAACACCAUUACAAUUAUGAAAAGACAACA